AUGCAGCAAUCCAUCCUCACCAUCCUGUGCUCGGGAUUGUUGGGAUGUGUUUUGGGAGCGUUCCCCAGCAGCUUGCAAAUCGGUGCUCUCUUCCCCAAACAGCAAUCCCAGGAAUAUUCCGCUUUCCGUUUCGGAUUAUCGUUCUACAACACGGACACUUUGUACAAGCUCAUCACCCAGACGGAGAACGUGGACAUUAGCAACAGUUUCGCCGUCACGAACGCCUUCUGCUCGCUGUUCGCUCGCGGAGUCUAUGCGAUCUUUGGGUUUUACGACAGGAAGACGGUAAACACACUCACAUCGUUUUGUGGAGCCCUGCACCUCUCGUUCAUCACUCCCAGCUUCCCCGUUGAUACCUCCAACCAGUUUGUCAUUCAGAUGAGACCUGACCUACAGACUGCUCUGCUCAACCUCAUCGAACAUUACAAAUGGCAGAAGUUUGUGUAUAUUUACGAUGCUGAUCGCGGACUGUCUGUACUACAGAAGGUGCUGGACACAGCUGCAGAGAAGAACUGGCAAGUAACAGCAGUCAGUAUUGAGACCACCACUGAAGAAGGUUACCGGAUGCUCUUUAAAGAUUUGGACAAGAGAAAGGAUAGGCACGUCAUCAUUGACUGCGAGGCUGAUAAACUCACCACCAUCAUGAAUCAGAUCAUAAGCAUUGGAAAACACAUCCGAGGGUAUCAGUACAUCUUCGCAAGCCUGGGUUUCAUGGACAUGGAUCUCGAUAAAUUCCAGCAUGCAGGAGCAAAUGUGACUGGGUUUCAGAUUGUGCGGCCCGACAGUGCUCAAGUAUUAAAAUUCCUUCAGCGUUGGAAGAAACUAGAUGGCAAAGAGUAUCAAGGAGUUGAAGGACAUAAACUGAAGUAUACGUCAGCUAUGACCUUUGAUGGAGUGCUCGUGCUGUCUGAAGCUUUCAAGUACCUACGCAAGACAAGGAUCGACAUCUCUCGGAGAGGAAAUGCAGGAGACUGUUUGGCAAAUCCUGCUGUACCUUGGGGUCAAGGGAUAGACAUUCAACGAGCCUUACAGCAGGUUCGUAGUGAUGGGUUAACUGGGAACAUUCAGUUUAAUGAAUUUGGACAUCGGACCAACUACACUGUCAAUGUGUUGGAGCUGAAAAGUGAUGGAAUUAGAAAGAUUGGAUAUUGGAAUGAAGAUGACAAGUUUGUUGCAACAACAGGGGACCAUCACAUUGGCAACGACACCAGUGGCAUCCAGAAUCGGACGUAUUUUGUAACGACAAUCUUAGAACCUCCUUAUGUGAUGCUGAAGAAGAAUCACGAUCAGCUAGAAGGUAACGAUAAAUACGAAGGUUACUGUGUGGAGCUGGCAGCGGAGAUUGCCAAGCACGUGGGCUUCAAGUACAAACUCGCAAUCGUGGCAGACGGAAAAUACGGAGCAAGGGAUCCAGACUCCAAAGUGUGGAAUGGGAUGGUCGGCGAGCUUGUGUAUUCAAAAGCUGAUAUCGCAGUGGCCCCAUUAACCAUCACCUUGGUGCGGGAGGAGGUCAUUGACUUUUCCAAACCUUUCAUGAGCUUGGGGAUCUCCAUCAUGAUUAAAAAACCCCAGAAAUCCAAACCAGGGGUUUUCUCCUUCCUGGACCCCUUGGCGUACGAGAUCUGGAUGUGCAUCGUGUUCGCCUACAUUGGUGUGAGCGUGGUCCUGUUCCUGGUGAGCAGAUUCAGCCCCUAUGAGUGGCAAACAGAGGAGUACGAAGACGGACCUGAUGCCCAAAGUCUCGACCAGACCAACGAAUUUGGAAUAUUUAACAGUCUCUGGUUCUCUCUGGGCGCCUUUAUGCAGCAAGGAUGCGAUAUUUCGCCAAGAUCCCUGUCGGGCAGAAUUGUUGGUGGAGUUUGGUGGUUCUUCACCUUGAUCAUCAUCUCAUCCUACACUGCCAACUUAGCUGCCUUCCUGACAGUCGAACGAAUGGUGUCUCCCAUUGAGAGCGCAGAGGACCUUGCAAAGCAGACAGAGAUCGCCUAUGGAACGCUUGAUGCUGGAUCAACAAAAGAGUUUUUCAGGAGAUCAAAGAUUGCCGUCUUCGAAAAGAUGUGGGCUUAUAUGAAGUCUGCUGAACCUUCGGUCUUUGUCAAAACCACAGAGGAAGGUGUAAUCCGUGUGAGAAAGUCCAAAGGGAAGUAUGCCUAUCUCUUGGAGUCAACCAUGAAUGAGUACAUUGAGCAGAGGAAGCCGUGUGAUACCAUGAAGGUUGGAGGUAACCUCGACUCCAAGGGAUAUGGUGUGGCUACACCAAAAGGAUCACCUUUAAGAAAUCCCGUAAACCUGGCAGUUCUUAAACUGAACGAGCAGGGACUCUUGGACAAAUUGAAAAACAAAUGGUGGUACGACAAGGGGGAGUGCGGCAGUGGAGGCAGUGACUCCAAGGACAAGACGAGUGCGCUGAGUCUGAGCAACGUAGCAGGAGUUUUCUACAUCCUGAUUGGUGGACUUGGAUUGGCAAUGCUCGUGGCGCUAGUGGAGUUUUGUUACAAGUCAAGAACCGAAGCAGCACGAAUGAAGCAGCUUUCGAUAAGUGAAGCGAUGAGGGCCACGGAGAGGGUCCCAGCACAGGGAGGCACUGGUGAGAACGGGCGGAUUGUAACCCACGAUUACAGCAAGUCCAUGCAAACCUUACCCCGUAUGAGCCACACAAGUGGAAUGAGUCUGGGUGCCACUGGGAUCUCAUAACCUCAGAA